AUGGAUCCCGCCUACGGCCUUCAGGGCUAUGGCAUGGCACAAGGAGGCUAUGCGAUGCAGCAGAAUGCAUAUGGCAUGGCAAUGCCAAUGCAGGCACAAAAUGCCUACGGCGUCCAGGCUAUGAACCAGCAGAUGAUGCCCGGUCAGAUGGACGUUCAGACGCUGCAGUGGCAAAAUGCGAUGCAGGCUCAACAGCUGCAAGCGGCCCAGAUGCAGGCAGCGCAGAUGCAAAAUGCGCAGAUGCAAAAUGCGCAGAUGCAAACUGCGCAGCUGCAAGCUGCCCAAAUGCAAGCUGCACCAAUGCAGACUGCACCGUUGCAAGCUGCGCAGAUGCAGGCCAUGAUGGGCCAGCCUGCCCAAACCUUUCCGGCGAGCGCGAUGCCUCCGCCGCCCCCGCCAAUUCACUCGACAAUACCCGCACCCCUGGCGUUGCCCGCGCCGGAGGCAGCUGCAGAGGCUCCCGCCGCCCCACCUGCAGAGGUGCCAGUGACUCCUGCUCCUGCAGAGGCACCGAAGGCCGAGGCCACGGGGCAGGGCGGCGUGGAUGCGGCGUUGAUCCAGGCACUGGACGCCGCAGCCGCAGCCAAGGUCGAGACGGCCGCGCAGCCAGAGCCAACCCCUGCCACGGAAGCCCCGGCGGCUGCUGAGACACAGCUGCCGCCGCCUCCUCCCCCGCCACCUCCUGGCAUGGUAGGGGUGCAGCAGUUUCCGCUCCACGAUGCGGCCCCGGAAACACCUGCGCCAACACCGGCCCCGGCGGCUGCGACAGUGCAGGCCGAAGCUCAAACUGCGGCUCCGAUUUCGUCCCCAGCUCCCUCGGCUGAGGCCACCCCUACGACCCCAGUGCCGGCGGCUGCGGAUCAGCAGGCGACGCAACAGCCCGUACCGCACCAGCCCACGGCGGCGGAAGUCCUUGCAGCCACGCUGAUGUCGGCUCCACAGCCGGGAUCGAAAGAGGCCGCUGCCGCUGCCGCUGCGGCCGCUGCUGCGAAUGCUGGCAGCGCCGCCCCUGAAACGCCGGGAGCAACAGCCGAGGUGGCCGCCAAGGACCCGCCGGCAGCUGAUAAGCCUGCACCCUGGCGUUCGGCCUCGCUGCCUCCGCCGCCGACGCAGGCCGCUUCUGCUCCGGCAAAAGAGAAAGAGGCAAGCUCGAAGGAGGCGGCAACGACAGCAGAUGCCGAACCAGCGCCAGCUACGGCGGAGGCGGCGGCAGCUCAGACGUCGCCGGCAGCGCAGACCCAGCCAGCAGCUGCUCUGCCACCACCUCCACCGCCGCCACCGCUUUCUCCGGACGACCUUUCCCCGCAGCAGAUAGACGAGGUCGUCACAAAGCUGCAGAAGGCGGGCAUCGAGUUUGAUCACAUUGCCACACAGGCGAUUGCUUCACUGGACACCGGCAGAGCUAUGUUGCUGCUGCACUACGUAGCGGACAAUGGACUUCUCCUGGGGGAUCCGUCGAAGUAUGUUGCCGACGAGGUCGGGCGCCUAUUCCUUGCUGCAGGCAUGCAUCCCCCUUGGGCUGUGCCUCAAGUGGCGAGUGCCAUCGACCCAGUUACCAUGGAGCGCCUCCUGCUCAAGGUGCAGCAGGUGGGCCUGCAGUUAACGAACGAAGCCCUGGAGGCGCUAGCAGGCCUUCCACCAGAGCACGCCGCCGAGCUCUUAGAGUUCGUCCUCGAGAAGUCCGGGGAGCUGCGGGAUCCGUCCAAGUAUGUGGUCAGCACGAUUGCGAGGGGGUUUCAGCCACGUCGCCUUCGUGGGCAGCAGAAUUUUGCUGCCCCCCUAGAUGCGGGCGACAUCCUCGCGCGCGCCUGGCAAAGAAUCCAGGCGAUGGGCAUUUAUCUCGAAGAUUCGGCGAAGCAGGCCUUGUCGCAGCUUUCGACGGAGCAUGCCGGGGAGAUGCUAGAGUAUGUCAUCGAGCAUCAUCAGAAUCUCAGGAACCCGUCUGGCUACAUCGUCUCGACAAUCAACCGUGGCUUCGUCCCAAGGUCACAGCGCCGAGGUGGCGACCGUGGGCCGCGGCACGACCGCGGCCACUCCGGGCCACCGGGCACGAAGUCGAGCCUGCUCCCGCAGAAUCUGACGCCCCUGGAGAGGCGUUGCCUGGAGCUGAAUGCUCACAUUCCAGCCGGCCAGCGAAUCGACGUGCCUACGUAUCUGACGCUCCGCUGUUUGCCGCAGUGGCAAGCUGCGGAGGUCUUGGACGGCCUGGAGGUGCGCCUCGCCACCUCUGCCGGGCAAUCCGAGGUCGGCAGUGUCUGCAGCUAUCUGCAGACGGCUGUGUCCAUCAUCCAAGGAGGAGAGAGCCGAUUAUCCAAAGACAAGUCGGAGUACGCCCAGACCGGCGACGGGCAGAAGCGGCAAAAAGUUGUCUGA